UUUUUAUUUUUUUUUUCUCCGUUAUUACGCUGGGCGCCUGGGUCAGGCCAGCGUUGUGAACCCAGAAACAGCGGCCUACCAAGCCCUCUCCUCGGCCCGUUCCUUAGCUCCACUGUCCGUCUCCGGCGAGCACCCACGGCGAUUAUAAACAUUAAAAGCCGUCGGAAUUCUCUAGCACUUGUCAAAAUCAUUCACUCGACAGUUCCCUUUGUGCGUGAAAUUUUCACCUUCAUCUAUCAUAUCAUCAGUUGAAACUUUUGAAAGAUGGUUGGGACGCAACCAGAAAGAGGAGAAGAGAAAGUAUCGUUGGAGCUCACUGAAGAGAUUCUCCAAAGCAUGGAAAUUGGCAUGGUUUUCAGGGAUUAUAAUGGUAGAAUCAGUUCCAUGGAUUUUCACAAGACGUCAAGUUAUCUAGUGACUGCCAGUGACGAUGAAUCAAUCCGCCUUUAUGAUGUUGCCAGUGCAACAUGUUUAAAGACCAUCAAUAGCAAAAAGUAUGGGGUUGAUCUUGUCUGCUUUACUUCUCACCCUACAACUGUUAUAUACUCCUCAAAAAAUGGAUGGGAUGAAUCCCUGCGACUUCUCUCUUUGAAUGAUAACAAGUACUUGCGGUAUUUUAAAGGUCAUCAUGACAGGGUUGUCUCACUGAGCUUGUGCUCUCGUAAAGAAUGCUUUAUCUCUGGAUCCCUAGACCGAACUGUUCUGCUUUGGGAUCAACGGGCUGAAAAGUGUCAGGGUCUUCUACGUGUGCAAGGAAGGCCUGCUACAGCAUAUGAUGAUCAAGGGCUAGUUUUUGCAAUUGCCUUUGGUGGAUACAUAAGAAUGUUUGACUCUCGCAAGUAUGAAAAGGGGCCUUUUGACAUCUUUUCUGUUGGGGGAGAUCUAUCCAAUGCAAAUGCUGUAAAGUUUAGCAAUGAUGGGAGACUAAUGCUCUUGACAACUAUGGAUGGGCAUAUUCAUGUCCUUGAUUCAUUUCGUGGAACACUUUUAUCCACAUAUAAUGUGAAGCCAGUUUCAAUGAAUUCUACAUUAGAGGCAUCUUUUAGCCCUGAGGGAAUGUUUGUAGUAUCAGGUUCAGGUGAUGGUCGUGUCCAUGCUUGGAGUGUAAGGAGUGGGAAAGAAGUCGCAAGUUGGAUGACUUAUGAAACUGAGCCUCAUGUGAUAAAAUGGGCCCCUGGGAGUCUUAUGUUUGCAACUGGGUCUUCUGAACUAUCAUUUUGGAUUCCAGACUUGUCUAAAUUGGCAGCUUAUGUUGGAAGGAAGUAGAAUUUCAUCUUUAAUACCCCUGCAUAAAUUUCAAGCAUCAAGUGAUCAUGAGGUUCCUAUUUUAACAAUGAACAUGUUGGUGGACUUUGGAGUCACUGCCAACUAUUCUUCAUAUUCUCUCUUGCCUCUUUUAAAGUAGAGUCAUUAUCCACCCAACUGACAGGCAGCUACGCUUUAUGUAGAAUUUACAUAUUAACCUAAGGAUUUGUAGGUUAAGAUUGUAGAUGAUCCAGUUAUGUCCUGAGGAAUUAUGUCAAAUUUCAGGUAUUCGAACGUUACUUUUGACCAUCUCUUGAUCAUAUAGUUUUACAAGAUUGUCAAUAUUUUGAGGAUGGCCAUUCAAAAGUAUUUUAAUGUC